AUGUUCAAUUACUCACAACAAGCAGGACUGCACUGUCACCUCAGUCGCAACUUUUCCACUUUCACUGGGGUUUUUUUGGCUUUAAACAUUGCAUCAUCCAUAACAGCAACACUGGGAAAUGCACUCAUCCUUGUUGCACUUCAAAAAGAAUCCUCCCUUAAUCCUCCGUCCAAAUUAUUUCUCCGUUGCAUGGCAUUCUCGGAUCUCGGUGUUGGCCUUCUCGUACAACCAGCAGCAGUUACAUCCUUUUUAUGCGCUGCGUACCAACUUUGGAAUCUAUGUCUACUCAGCGGCUUUAUCUGGAAUUUCGUUAGCGCAUUCUUUACCGGAUUUUCCUUUGCGUCAAUAACCGCCAUUAGUGUGGACAGACAUCUUGCUUUGCUGUUAGGGAUCAGGUACCGCCAAGUUGUAACUAUCCAGCGUACUAGAGUGGUCGUUGCUCUGUUUUUGGUAGUGUCUACUGCUUACUGCUUGACAUUCCUCAUAAGCUACAACGUUUUCAUUGCCUCAAGUGUCCCAAUGUGGUCCAUAUGCUUAAUAAUCUCCACUUACUGUCAUACGCGAAUCUACCUCACUCUUAGAAAUCACAUUCAAGCUCAAAUCACUCCACAAGGCCAGCCCAAUGGGAUUUCGCCCGAGAACUUGUCGCGAUACAGAAAAACAGUGUCCACGACAUUGUGGCUCUUAGCUGCAAUGAUAAUUUGCAACUUUCCGGUUUUUUCGGUUACCAUUAUUGAUGCAGCGACCUCACCAAACCUUUCAUUGAUGAUGGUGCAAUAUUUUGCAGUCGCUUUGAUUUAUUUCAAUUCAUCGCUUAACCCUUUGUUGUGUUGCUGGAAAAUCAGAGAAAUAAGGAAUGCAGUAAAAGAAAUUCUCAGGAAUCUGGCAUCAUAGUUGUGCGUGGAUCACAAGAACGGAAACAUCAAGUAAAAAUCAGUUUUAUUCUUAUGAUGUCAUACAAAAUAGCUUCUGAUUCAUGGCCAGCCCUGUGUCGAAUCAAAUCACGCUCACACGUUCCAACAAAUUCCAAAUGGCACAUUUAAACAGGAAAUGGUACACACAGCUUUAGCACGAUUCACUGAUUAAUUUUUUGUUAUCAAACUGCAGAAAGAAUACUGAAUUGCUCUCGCGAGAGAUAUUCCUAAAUAAAAGUUACUACAUUCCAGCCCCUCCUAUAUUCCGAAUGCCAUCGCAAAUUUCCAACAGUCGAGGAAAUCUGGCAAUGGACAAUUUGGCUGCAUUCAUAUGUCUUCCUCAAGGAGACCGACAUAUACCAAGCAACAUACAUUACAACUGUCAUACUGCAAAAUGUCCUCCAAAAAAUUCCAAAAUACAAUGGAGCCGCACAGUAUCUUAGCAAUAGUCACGAAAACAAGGAUAGGACCCGAGAAAAGAGAUGUUAAGGUUAAAGAAUGACCUAAAAAGUUGUGAUCUGUAUAUUCUUAGUAUAGCAAAUAAAUAGCACGACACCUAUCCACACCAAAUCAAUAAACACUCCUAUGUAUUUCAUACCCUAACAGAACUUUCACAAACAUUGCAGUUUCUUUUAAGGCAAGAAUAAAAAAAUUAACCUAUAAUAAAUCUUCUGAAAAAUUACAAUAAAGACCAUUCAUGUAGAAAGAGUUCCUUCUAACAGGUCAAAAUACAAGAGCAUUUUUAGGGCGUGGUCAAAUCACGCAGACAUUGAGUCAUUAGGGCAAUAAAAGUUUCCUUUUUCAAGAAGACCAUGAGCAAGUAUUAGAUAAUAAUGGGCUUCUUCCCUUCAACAUGAAACUUCAGUCGACAGUUCGCCAUGAAUUUUCUAAAAACUUACAAAAAGGCCAUUCAUGUUUAAACAAAAGCGAAAAAAAAAUGGAAAAUGGUGUAAAACACAAAAUUAUGAUCUUUCACAAUACAGGAUCUCAUUUCCCGUUAGUAAACUUCCUUUCAUUACAUUGCAUGCAAAAGUAAUUUAAGGAGUAGAAUGACAGCAGGUGGUGAUGAUCACAAUAGUUCCCAGUCACUUCCAAUAAACGAAAAGGUCAUUGCUACUGUCUUAUCCUUUGCAUCAAAAAUUAUACUUGGCAUGAAUACUGAACAGGAACCAAGAAUUUGUGUCCGUUAAUUUUUAAAAGAUAAACAUUUGCGACAUCGAGGUAAGUGAUCACCUUAAUCUCUUCUAAAAAAAGAAAAAAUAGGAAACACCACCCUCCUUUGUAGAGUGGCUUUUCAAUUCCCAUGAAUAUCACAAAAAGAUCCUAAAUUCAUUUUUAAAUUACGAUAUGGAGAUUUAAUAAUCAACCCAUUUCUUUCGGUGAAAUUUGGACUACCAGCACUCAUUGAUUAUUCUGCUGAUUUUAAUAAAUAUGCAAAUAGAGAAGUUCUUUGUUCUCGUUAUUCCUGUGCCCUCAAGACAUUUUUCAUUAAUACCACACUAUUGACAUGAAUUCGCCAAAUAAACUCUUAGAAGACAAUUAUUUUGGGGCAUCAAGCUGACCAAUCGUGUACAAUUCUUCCAAAACUCGUGAGAUCCCCGAAUAGGAAAGUUAUCAGACCAUAGAACCGUCAUCAAUACAAUGCUCACCUAAUAUUCAAUAUAAUAUGCAAUUAAAUUCGGGUAAAACUUGAUCUAAAGAACUCAUUUAUGAUUAUUCGCGCUCUAUUCAUUGUUGAGAGUAGAUGUUCCAAUUACAAAUAUUUUUCAGUUCAAAUAUCAAACGCCAGCUUUCUUGCGAUAAAAGGUGUUACCAAGAAGACAAAAAGAGGAAAGCACAACGGCAGUUCCUUUCAUUUUUGCCCGAUCAAGCAGCUUCUGUUAUGA